AUGGCGCCCGCCGCUCUCGUCGCCCCCAGCGCAGCCCCAGACUUCAAGUUUACUGCACAGGCCAUCAAGAAGUCGCAUCACUCUACUACCGCCGCAUCCGCAUUGGAUCUGGACAUUGGAGAGGUGACUGUGGAGAACAUCCAGAGACUGUACGCCUGCGACGCCGCAACACCCACAGAUGUUGUCCGCGCCACGUACCGGCAAAUACACAGCCAUCCGGACAAGGCGGUAUGGAUCACGCUGGUGCCCGAAUCCAAGGCCUUGGCAGCGGCCGAACAGCUGGAGCGACAGUAUCCUGAUCCUGGGUCGAGGCCGCCAUUGUAUGGUGUCAACUUCUCGGUCAAGGACUCGAUCGACAUUGCCGGGCUUCCCACGACGCUCGCAUGCCCGACCUACGCCUACACGGCGGCGCAGACGGCACCCGUCGUCCAGCGCUUGCUGUCCGCUGGCGCCAUACUGAUUGGCAAGACCAAUCUCGACCAGUUCGCUACCGGGUUGAAUGGCACCCGGUCGCCGUAUGGGAUGCCACGCUGUGUCCAUGACAGUGACUAUGUCUCGGGUGGCAGCUCCUCUGGCUCUGUUGUCAGCGUGGCCGCAGGCCUCGUGGCCUUUGCCGUGGCCACCGACACGGCCGGGAGCACGCGCGUUCCGGCAGCCUUGAAUGGCAUGGUGGGCGUGAAGCCAACCCUGGGCACCAUCUCGACUGUCGGGUUGGUCCCGGCGUGCAAAACGGCAGACUGUAUCACCGUCAUAGCCAAGACAGUCCAGUCAGCGCGCAUGGCGUUGAGGACCAUGUGCGCGUAUGAUGAGAACGAUGUCUAUGCACGAGAUGAAGCACAGCUCUCUGUCUUGGCAGCCCAGCCCUCCUGGUGGGACGCGAGCAGCAAUGGGAGGGUGCGCUAUGCCCUGCCGCCUCCGGAUGCCGUGUCGGCCGCAUUAUCAGAGCCAUACGCUGCCCUUUUUCAUAAGGUGACGACCAAGCUGCCGACCAUAAGCUUCAUGGACCCUGACCACGGAGCCGGCUUCGACUAUUCUCCCUUGGCCUCCGCAAACGCAAUGCUGUACGGCAGCUCCAUUGUCGCGCAGCGGCUUGUCGCCUUCAAGUCGUAUAUGGACACCCAUUCCAUGGAGGGCAUGCACCCCGUCGUCCGAGACAUCUUCCGCGCAAGUCAAGGCUUCGACGCCGUGCGAGCAUACGAGGACAUGUUUACCCUGGCGGAGUACAAACGCAAGACCGCACGGCAGUUCCGCUGCCCUCCUUCUUCUUCUUCUUCCUUCUCUUCGUCGUCCGCCUCUUCGUCGUCCUCCGCCGCCGGCCGAGGCGGCAUAGACGUGCUCGUGGUGCCCUCCACGGCCACGCAUCCCACGGUCGCCGAGAUACUCGCAGACCCCAUUGAGCUCAACAAGCGACUGGGCAGCUUCACCCACUUUGUCAACCUGCUCGAUCUCUGCGCCGUGUCCGUGCCUAUCGGUGGGACGUGGAUCAGCAGGAAUGGAAAAACGAUGCCCUUUGGCGUCACCCUCAUCUCGACGCCGGGACGGGACGAGGAUCUGUUGGAACUGGGACAGAGGUUGAUGAGCGAGAGCUGGGAGUCGGAGGAUAUAGUUGACUGUGAGAAGUGA